AUGAAUAACUUCCGCAAGCUUGCGGACCAUUUUAUUACACAGGCAGAAGCGCUGUGCGAUCAAUUGAUGUUUGGUGUACAUCCACACGUCGACUUGUCAAAGAUCAAAGACGAUAUCUCUAGUUCAGAAAGUGGUUACAGCUUUAUCAGCUGCCCUGGAAACGGUCUUGAGUCAGCAUUCCUGGAGCUAUUAGUCAGUGCCUAUACUGCAGGCAAAAACAGACUAGCUAAAGACGGAGUUUGGAAGUGGCAUGCUGUAACAGCGUAUUUAACACAAGUCAGGAAGAUGGAGGAGCAGCUUGCUGGUGGUCUUUAUACUGCAUGUGGCCAGACACCACGAGUCAGGGAACUCUUCAGCCUCGAGUACGAGAAUGGCCUGAAUACAACUUGUGGGGUACAUGUUUGGGGUGGCUAUAUGGCAUACAUCAUCUGCCAUCAUAAAGCAAAGCGACUGACGAACCGCGAAUUCUAUGUGGUGCGAUUCCUUCCGGUCAGACUGGGUCACGUUCUGUUCAAGUACCUUGUCUAUAUUCGACGAGUUGCUGAUCUACUACGCCGCGAGCAGCUCGGUGCCGAUAAGAGAGGUCAGCAAUGCUUACAGACACGCUUACUGUUCCAUCACAACGGGAGGUCUUGGCCCACAUCUCACAUGACAGACGUUGUUACGAAGGCGACUUUAGAAGUAUGGCGACAAAAGAUUAAUGUACGGACAUAUCGCCAGCUGGCCAUAGCAGUUACCGAGAAACAUGUUCGCGAGGUAGUGGGCAUCGGCCACUCCAGCGUGGGAUCACAUAUGGACUAG